CCGUUUCUGUUUUUAUCUCAGAGGUUCUGGUAUCAUCAUCUAUAAUCAUGGCCACCUCAUCAGAAGAAGUCUUACUGGUUGUGAAUCAAGUCCGUAGCAGGAAGAGCAAUGGUAGCCUUUAUCUCAUGGGUAAACGUCUGGCCUGGCAAGAAGACAACAAAGAAGUCUUUACUAUCAGCCAUUACUAUGCAGAUGUCAAGCAACAGAGAAUCAGUCAGGAUACAAGUUCCAAAGUCCAGCUUCAGAUCUUGCUUCACAAUGGGUCAAGCACCAAGUUUCACUUUGCAAACCGUGAGGGUCCAGCGGUCCAGAAGCAAGACCGUAACGAUGUCAAGGAGCUACUCCAGCAGCUGCUUCCAAAGUUUCGCAGCCAAGCAAGUAGAGAACUGGAGCAGAAAAAUAAGAUGUUGAAGGAUGAUCCGGAACUGUUUCAGCUCUACCGUGACCUUGUGAUGAGCGGGGUCAUGACUGCAGACGAAUUCUGGGCCAGCCGUAUCAAUAUGGCCAAGCAAGAGAGUGCUUCGUCUUCCACCACUUUGGCUUCAACCAGCAGUGAUGGAGGUCAAGGGGUCGGUGUAUCAGCAGCGUUCCUCUCUGACAUCAAACCUCAGACGGAUGGUUGCAACGGUGUCAAGUAUAACCUAACGGCAGACAUCAUUGAUUCUAUAUUCCGUAUCUACCCUGCAGUGAGAAAGAAGCAUCUAGAGAGUGUCCCUCAUACUAUGUCCGAGAAAGAGUUCUGGACGUGUUUCUUCCAAUCUCAGUACUUCCAUCGAGAUCGUAUCAACGCUGGAAGCAAAGAUCUCUUUGCUGAGUGUGCUAAGAGAGAUGAGAAAGAUAUGACAGAGGAAGCAAACCAAACUGUAAAAGAUCCUCUUCUUGAUAUACAGGGGUUAUCUGACAGGACACUAAAUGAGGAGUUUGGGUUUUCUUUGGACAAUGUAAAGCAUUCAAGUAACGCUGUCAAUAAAUCCAUCAUUAAACGGUUUAACCAUCACAACACACGGGUACUAGCUGCAUCAGAAUCUAACAAGAGAAGCAUAGACGACGUCGAUGGACCAUCAACCAGCUCCCAAUCUUCCACACCAAGUCAGAACUCAAACACAAAUCAUCGAGUAGAGGGAGGAGGAGAUGGAGAUGAGAGCACUGCAAAGAAAGCCAGGUUACGAGAAGCAAUAGAGAUUGAAGAUCUAGCAUCUACCUCGAAGCAAGAUGGCGUUUCCCUGAGGCUUGAAAGGACAGACAGGUACUAUCAUGGUCCAACCGUUGUCCAGUCUACUGAUUACUUCUCAUCGGAGGAGGUGCUUGGUGCCUUGAGAGCUGUCCAGUCUGAGGUCAUGUCUUCUGUGCCUAAUCUACAUAAGGUUAUCUCCAGUAACACAGCAAGGUCAGUAAUGGGAGAGCUGACACCAGGGGGCGCUCUAAUGGCAAGCUCAGCCCAUCAACCUGUUCACACCUUGUAUAGUCCUGAGAUCCAGAAAGAAGUCAAGAGGUUGUAUGCUGCCCUUGCAGAGCUUCUGAGGCACUUCUGGUCAUGUUUCCCCAUCACCAAUCGCUCUCUUGAGGAGAAGGUCUUCAGGAUGAAAGGCACUCUGGAACAGUUUCAGGCCAAGAAAAUGAAACCAUUCAAAGAUACCCUUGCAAAGCAACAUAUAGGGCUUAAUUUAAUGAACCACAUGGAAGAUCUACUACAAACUGCUUACAAGAAAUACGCUCACUGGCAGAGUAAGAAACUUGGUGCCAAGUUAUCAUGACACUAGCCAAACCUUGCCCUAGACUCAAGG